AAUUAGAGUUAAUCACUACGUAUCGGAAGUAUUACCAUUGACAUGAUAACCUGGUGGCAAAUAUUGGCGGCAUGCAUUCUUUCCGUAUUCAUUUAUUUGGGAUUUUUUUGGGAAAUGAAGCGGGUCGUGCACGUAAACCCGGUGACCAAGGCGAAGUGCAUGAGAGCAAAACUUCGAAAUGUUCAAGACUCGAAUCCAGUUUAUCCCAACGGAUGGUACGGGAUUCUUCACAGUCAUGAAGUUGAAGAGGAACAGGUGAAAAACGUAAAUGCGAUAGGGGAGACCUUCGCUGUUUAUAGGACGCGGGAGGGACACGUUCAUGUGAUAGACGCAUAUUGUCCUCACCUUGGAGCUAACAUGGCUGAGGGAGGAAGAGUAGUUGACAAUUGUCUCCUGUGUCCCUUUCACGACUGGAGUUUUGGUCCAGACGGGCGUUGCAACAACAUUCCAUAUACCGACAACAUACCCCCAAAUGCCAAAGUCAGAGCGUGGAAAUCUCUCGAGGUGAAUAAUAUUAUUUUCGUGUGGUACCACGCCGAAAUGGAAGGUCCCGAGUGGUAUCCCCAGCCAAUAGCGCAAAUUGCGGACAAGAGUUACUGGUGUCAAGGCAGGAACGAGUACAUAAUCUGCUCUCAAAUCCAGGAAGUUCCAGAGAAUGGAUCAGACUCCACUCAUUUAAGCUACCUCCACGGUCCAGGAAUGUUCUUCCCAGGUUUAUCUCACCACACAUGGUCCGACACCAACUGGCAGCCUCGACCCACCCACCUCCCGGAGGGUUCGCCGGCGCGACCCCAUCAGGCUUCCCUAGCCCUGACCCACGUGUUAAAGGUCUUCGGAAAAUUUCCCAUCCUAAAAGUUCGUGUAACAGCAGAGCAAAUAGGUCCUGCCUACGUCGAACUCACCGUACGAACAUGCAUCGGUAAAAUGUUUAUUAUAGAAACAGUAACGCCAAUCGAGCCAUUUGUCCUUAAAAUAACUCACUCCCUUUACGCUGCCCCCCUGCACGCCCUUUACGCUAAAAUCGUUUUCUUAGGCCAAUGCCUCAUGUUUGAAAGGGAUAACAUAGUGUGGAGCCACAAAGAGUUCCUUAAGAACCCCGUAUACACUCCCGAGGAUAAAAGAAUAAAAGCGUUCAGGCAGUGGUAUAAACAAUUUUAUUCCCCGAAUAGUCCGACUUAUCAGUCUAUCAAAUCUUUAGACUGGUAAUAACGUAAUACUCACGAUAAGAAUAAGACAUCUUCAACGUAUCAUAAGACCAUCGAGUGAUGUUCCUCAACGUGUACAUGUCAUGUCUUGAGAGAUGCAAAA